AGGCGCCGGAGAGGAGGAGGAGGAGUAGGAGUGGAGGGAUAUAUGGGAGAUUUGCCGGAUUUCCAUCACCCCGUCGCUGUAAACUUGUGUCCGGGAUGGGGAAGGAGCAGGAGCUGCUGGAAGCCGCCCGGACUGGGAACGUCGCCGUGGUGGAGAAACUGCUGAGUGGGAAGAAGGGGAUACUGGGGUCAGGAUCCGGCUCCAUCCCUCUGCCCAACCUACUGAGCAUGUGGAAGGGCCUGAAUGUCAACUGCACAGACACUUCAGGAUACACACCGUUACAUCAUGCUUCACUCAACGGACACAGGGAUGUGGUACUAAAGCUGCUUCAGUUUGAGGCAUCUACAAAUUUGGCAGACAGCAAAGGUUGCUUCCCGCUGCACCUGGCUGCCUGGAGGGGAGAUGUGGACAUCGUCCGUAUCCUCAUCCACCAUGGACACUCGCACUGCCGGGUCAACCAACAGAACCAUGAGAGGGAAACGGCGCUUCACUGCGCAGCUCAGUACGGACACUCUGAGGUUGUUUCAGUGCUGCUUCAGGAGUUGACAGACCCCACUAUGAGAAACAGCCGACAGGAGACGCCUCUGGACCUGGCAGCGCUGUAUGGACGACUGCAGGUAGUGCGCAUGCUGGUGAGCGCUCACCCCAACCUCAUGACCAGCUACACUCGCCAACACACUCCGCUCCACCUGGCUGCGCGUAAUGGACACCACAGCACCGUCCAGACCCUACUUGAGGCAGGCAUGGAUGUCAACUGUGUGACAGAGAAUGGCAGUGCCCUGCAUGAGGCAGCUCUCUUUGGGAAGAUGGAUGUAGUUCGCCUUCUGCUUGACUCAGGGAUCGACACCAAUCUGAGAGACAGUCAGGGGAGAACAGCUCUGGAGAUCCUGAGAGAACAUCCUGCACCAAAAUCCCAACAAAUCACCGCUCUUAUCCAAGAGUAUAUGAUGGAUGAGAUGGAGAGGAGGAGUAUCGUGGAGGAGCCUGUUCGCAAGUGUCCCAUCCCAGCACCUCGAACUUCUGUCCCCUCGCCCUCUGCCUCCCCCUCCCUCAGACACAAGAAUGAUGCUGUUACAAGCGAGCUGUCCAAACUGCUCCACGAGAUCAAAAAGUGCCGGGACAGGGACUACUCCUUUGAGGAGCUCUGCCACACCAUCUCUUCCCACUCCAUGGACAGCUUUGGGAGCGGGCGGCUCUCUGAUGAGGACCGCCCGGAGCGUCCCAAUGGCACCCUGACACGAGUCAGCAAGCGGCCGACCCCACCUCUUGCUCCAGCCCUGGAGGAAGAAGAGGCAGAAAAAAGUUGCGGCCCCACUGGAUUCUGGGAGGCCCUGACACCUUGCAACGGCUGCCGCAACCUGGGCUUCUCCAGCCUCUCACAGGACACAAAGCAUUCAGCCGAGAUUGUCACAUCACCAUCUCUGGAUGUUUUCCUUCCAGAGGACGAAGACAACCCGUACGAGUCUGUGACCACCGCCGUCACACGCAAACCCUGCUCACUCGAUAUCAGCCACCGGCUCAACGCCUGUCCCCGCAAUGGUCACUUGUCCCCUGUAACGGUGAGUGAGGGGGAGCACGGUAACCAUGACAACUGCUCAACGGGCCCCACUCCAGACUGCUCACCCCCCUCCCCCGACACGGCCCUGAAGAACAUCGAGAGAGUCAUCCGCCCACAGCCCAAGCAGCGCACCUCUCUGUCCUCGUCCCUGGACGUCCAGAGGCCGGUCAACCACAGCUGUGAGCCCAGUGAGGUGAGCUCAUCCCUGGGCUACGCCAGCUUCAGCACCAGCCCCCCUGCCAGCCCUCCCCUCAGCCCCAACCAGGAAGACUCUGCAGGCUCCAACGACGACUGUCAGCUCACGGACGACGGGCCGUACCAGCGAGACCCGCCGCCUCCUCCCCCUCUCUGCUCUUCCUCCGCAUCAAACGCUCUAUUGGAGGACCGAAGGAAGAGCCACAUCCCCGAGGAGUUUGCAGGCCUUCUUCAUGGAUCUUCCCCAGCCUGUGAGACCCCUAAUACACCCUACCAUCUUUACAGCCCUAAACCUCGCAAAUAUGCCUCUACAGAUGUCCAGAGCAGUUUGGUGCAAACCCCAGAGUUCAGCUUUGUGAUUGGUGGAGGACCCACUCAGGUCUUCUCCAGGACAGGGAGCGAGUCGUCGCCUCAGAGGACCGCCAACGACCCCCAAAAGCCGCAGGUGGUGUACCGGACUAUCUUCCACACCAGGGUCAACCAGGACCAGGCUCGACCCAAGAACUGCAAGCAGGCUGAGCCGCCUCGUGGGUGGUCUACACUGGGCUGCCCACCCUCCGCCUCUUCUGGUAAAAACAGGGAAGUUCCACAGUUACUGGGGAUCCAGACAGUAGGUGCUCCCAAGGACAGUUCUUCUGGGCCUGGCUACGAAGAGAGGGCUUGCACCCUGGGGAGGAUGAGGUCCAUGCCCCGCAGUGUGUUGGACUUGCAGUUGUCCAAGUCUCUGUCCAAGUCUGAUUCCAACCUGGUAGCUGUUUCUCCCAUACAGGAGGAGCAUAGUUGGGGGUCCGGAAAUCGGGGUCAGGUGCCUGGAAGUCCAAGCCCAGGAGAGGGUGCCAGCCCGGGCGGAAGACUGGAGAGAACGCCCUCCUUCACCGCAGAGUGGGAAGAGAUCGACAAGAUUAUGAGCUCUAUUGGGGCAGGAAUAGGCAGUGGAUUGGCCAUCAAGGAGGACACCUCAGGUCCCCGCUGCCCGCUGCAGUCUGUGGGCCAGUGGCUCGACUCCAUCGGCCUGGUCCAGUACGAGAACCACCUGCUGGCCAAUGGAUUUGACAACGUCCAAUUUAUGGGCAGCAAUGUGGUGGAGGACCAGGACCUGCUGGAGAUUGGGAUCCUCAACUCAGCUCACAGACAACGUCUCCUGCAGGCCAUACGGCUGCUGCCCAGGGUUCGGCCUAUUGGUUAUGACGGCAACAACCCCACGUCAGUGGCAGAGUGGCUGGAGUCGCUGGAGCUCGGAGACUACACCAAGUCCUUCCUCAUCAACGGCUACACCUCCAUGGACCUCGUCAAGAAGAUCUGGGAGAUCGAGCUCAUCAAUGUAUUGAAGAUCAGUCUCAUUGGACACAGAAAAAGGAUCUUAGCCUCAUUGGGGGACCGGCUACACGAAGACGCCCCACAAAAACCUCCGCGGGCCAUCUCCCUAAGGGAGCCCGGCGGGAACCACACUCCUCCCCAGCUCAGCCCAUCGGUGGGCCAGGCGGCGUACACGGCGGGAGUCCCAGGCGGAUCUCUGGACGUGCAGCACCUCAUCAUGCAGGCUGAUGCCCGGCGCAGGCAGCGCAGCAAUGACAACUACUUUGAUGACGUGCCGCGAUCCAAGCUGGAACGACAGAUGGCCCAAGUCAGCAUGGCAGGCGAGUGGUGCGAGCCAAUUACGUUGCGCCCACCAAACGAGGCCACAUCGUCCACUCCGGUGCAGUACUGGCAGCAUCAUCCUGAGAAGCUCAUCUUUCAGUCCUGUGACUAUGAAGCCUAUUACCUGGGCUCCAUGCUGGUGAAGGAGCUGAGAGGAACGGAGUCCACACAAGAUGCUUGUGCCAAAAUGAGGAAGUCGACAGAACAGAUGAAGAAAGUGCCGACCAUCGUACUCUCUGUGUCCUACAAAGGAGUGAAGUUCAUCGAUGCCACAAAUAAGAAUAUUAUAGCAGAGCAUGAAAUUCGUAACAUCUCGUGUGCGGCUCAGGAUCCAGAGGAUCUGUCUACAUUUGCCUACAUCACCAAAGACCUCAAGUCCAGUCAUCACUACUGCCACGUCUUCACUGCUUUUGAUGUGAAUCUGGCCUAUGAGAUCAUCCUUACACUCGGGCAGGCCUUCGAGGUGGCCUACCAGCUGGCUCUGCAGGCCAGAAAGAGCGGCCACGGGUCGUCCACACUGCCCGAGAGCUUCGACAGCAAGCCCAGCAAACCUGUCCCCAAACCCCGCGUCAACAUCCGCAAAUCUGUCAUCAUGUCCCCUUCCAGCCGCUGGUCACUGGGCCACAUAUACACCCCUCACCGGCCUCCUCUCCACCCUCCUCUUCCUCCCCCUCGACUCUUCCAUCUUCCUCACAAAGCUCAGUCACAGAUGGAGCAGCCGUCCAUGGACCAGAAGGGCCACGCCAACGUACCAUGGAUUGUGGAGCCGGGUCAGGAGGCCAAGAGAGGAGUCAACACCAAGGCAAUGCCGGACGCUCAUGUCUAUUACUGUGGAGUGCAAAGAAUGUAGCCAGCCCUAAACACGGACCUUGUCACACAUACAAUGCAAAAAGGACUACAAAGGACCACAAACACGGAUGCCACUCCACAGUGUUUAAGGUUGACUACAAAAAUUCUAACAUCAUUCAUCCACAUGAUGCUUGACACAGUAAACAUUGGACCAUUAGACACACACACACACACAC